AUGCCCUCGGACACACCACCGCCUCCACCAGCAGUAGCAUCGCGCCACGAACGGGAAGCGGACCGAGCGGAUUCAGGCCACGUGCGUCCGGAACCGGACACGGGCGCCCCAUCCGGUACGCCGGGUCCGUCCGAUCCACCCGGCCACCUGGCCACCAACACCAUCCCGUCCAGCUCGUCGUCCAGCUCAUCGUCCAGCUCGUCAUCCUGCGUAUCUUCGGCGUCCUCGACGCUUUCGACGCUUUCCUCGCUGAAGCGUUCACUCGCACCGGAGGAACUUCCGGCGCAGCUUGCCACCAAAGCACCGUCCCCAGCGUGUUCCCCACUAGCGAUGGAACCACGGGGGGUUUCGAGAGGUGAAGGGCCGGUUCGAGGAGGACCACAGGCCGGAUCCCUGCCACCAGGGGGCGCCACCGGUGGGCAACAGUUUUGCCUACGCUGGAACAACUACCAGACAAAUCUGACGAGCGUGUUCGAUCAGCUGCUGCAGAGUGAAUCCUUCGUCGAUGUGACGCUCGCUUGUGAUGGUCAAUCGAUGAAGGCGCACAAGAUGGUGCUGUCCGCUUGUAGCCCCUACUUCCAGGCGCUGUUCUGUGACAAUCCUUGUCAGCAUCCGAUCGUGAUCAUGCGCGAUGUUAGCUGGGCUGAGCUGAAGGCGAUCGUCGAGUUUAUGUACAAGGGUGAGAUCAACGUGAGCCAGGAGCAGAUCGGCCCACUGCUCAAGGUGGCGGAGAUGCUGAAAAUCCGCGGUUUGGCUGAUGUCGGUGGAGACGCCGAGGCGGCUGCUGCCCUGCAUGGGGGUGAUGAUCGCGACGACACCGGUGUUGAUGAGUCACCGCGUGGAUCCAUCCUGCCCGCGUUGAAUCACAAGCUGCUGAACCCGCUCGCGAUCGUGCACGGUUCGUUGCUAGCGAAUGGAGCCGCCGGUGUCUCUGGAGCCGCUGGAAAUGGUCCCGACCGUGGCAACGGAAGCAACAAUUUGGGCGCGAAUGGCCCAGGUGUCACUGGCCCGGGUUCGGUGGUGGCAGCGGCCGCAGCAGCAGCAGCAGCGACAGCGAAAAAGCAACGCUCCAAUCGAGCCGAUCGUGAAGCCACCAAAGAACACCGGCUAGACGCGAGGUUGAGCGAAUUUGCGAGAGAUCUUUCGCGGGAUCCGCACAUUUCACCGCGCGAUAUUAGCAGUGUGGCGGCUGCAGCAGCAGCGGCGGCGGCUGCCGCAGGACUUGCGGUUGGCGAGUGGCCAGGGUUGGGAGCGGCAGGGCUUGAGGCGGCAGCUGUGGCCGCCGUUCAGGCUUCCACCCCCAAAAGUGCCCGAAAACGGCGGUGGCCCUCGGGAGAGCGUAGCAGCAUUGGAAGCCCGGCGGAUAGUGCACCCGAUCAGCUGGAGGUGCCCUCACCCAUCCCACCCACCGGCAUGGGACCAGGGGUGGUGGGUGGUGGGGGUGCGGGCAAUCCGCUCGCUUCGUUUCCGCUACCACCGCCCCUCGAUUCGGCCGCCAUGGCCAUGUCGUCGUUGUCCUCCUCGAUCGCGAACCAUCCGGACGAUAUGGAGAUCAAACCGGGCAUUGCCGAGAUGAUCCGCGAAGAAGAAAGGGCUAAACUAUUGGAAAACUCCCAGGCAUGGCUAGGAGCUUCUACUUCAUCAAUCGCUGCGGAAAGUUACCAAUAUCAGUUGCAGUCGAUGUGGCAGAAGUGCUGGAACAGUCAGAACCUGAUCCACCACCUGCGCUUUCGCGAGCGCGGCCCGUUAAAGUCCUGGCGCCCGGAAACGAUGGCCGAAGCCAUCUUCAGCGUGCUCAAAGAAGGCCUAUCGUUGUCCCAAGCGGCCCGGAAGUACGACAUCCCAUACCCGACGUUCGUGCUGUAUGCCAACCGCGUUCACAACAUGCUUGGUCCUUCGAUCGACGGUGGCACGGAUCUACGACCCAAAGGACGCGGGCGGCCCCAGCGCAUCCUGCUCGGUAUCUGGCCGGAUGAUCACAUCAAGGGCGUCAUCAAGAGUGUCGUCUUCCGCGAUGCCAAAGAGAUGAAGGAGGAGCCCAUAAUGUACGGAAGACACUCUCCUUUUCCCUUUCAAGACAACCCUCUGAGCUACGCCCCAGCGGCACCCCCGAACGGUCAGCUCCAAACCACCGGUUCCGUCCCAGAUGGAAUGUCUCCGGAUGCGCUGACAGCCGCCACGGUGGCAGCCGUUCGUCAGCAAAUGUGCAACAUGGUGGCAGCCGCCCAGCACCACCCGGACGCCGCCAAUCUGGUAGCGGCCGGUUUCAACCUGCCGUCACACUGCAGCAACCCACCGAGCCUCAACAUUCAUCCGGCGGCUUCUGCAGCUAAUGCGGCCAGUGCUGCAGCUGCUGCGGCCGCUGCCGCUGCUGCAGCAGCCGCCUCUGGCUCUGGUUCGACCGGGGGGAUCCCUCUGCCCAAGCUCGGAUCCCCGGCUGUCCCUUCGGCGGGCCAUGGCAACAAUAAUGGCGGUUCCGGAGGUAUCCCGAUGCCUCGGCUCGGUUCUCCGGCAUCCGGUUCCAAGACCGAUCACGAGAUGCAGCUCCACGGUGGUGCUGCGGGUGGUGGUCCAGGUGGACCGGGUGGACUCGGAGCAGGUGGUCUUUCACGGGCCACCCCUCCGGGAGCCCGUGAACGAGCGAUGACGUCACGACCCGAUUCCGGCCGCAGCUCAUCAGGUGGCAACGCGCAUCGUGCUUCACCAUCGAGCAACGCAGCAACGUCCAACAUGAACCACCAUCAUCACCAUCAACACCUGCAUCAUCAUCAUCAUUCACAGCACCAGCAACCUCACCACGGCCAUGGACUUCCGCAUCACAACGCCGGAAUGAGCCAUCUGGUGGUGGGUGGUGGUGUCGGUGGUUCCGGAUCCGCUGGGAUCAGCUUAGGGAAGCUCGGAUCGCCCGGAUCGGCGCAUGAUCUGCGCAUCAGCAACAGCCCGGAUGAGGCGAGCCCACUUUCGUCCCCGAUGGGGUUGGGAUUGGAACCAGCCGUCAAUCUGGCACUCGGAGCUGGUGGCCAGCCACCAGAGGACGUGCGGAUGUUGGUUCCGCCACCUUACGGCAGCAAACCACCAUCUCGGGGUGGCUCGGCCGGGUACGGUGGAGUUGGUGUGUCCCCACCACGUCCCGAGCACCUGUUCCAGGAUCAGGACAUUGCGGCGCUGGUGGCGACAACACGCGGUUGCCCUCCGAGUCGCGUGCCCGACUACAAGGAUAGCCCGGUGCGAUCGGCGACCUCUAUCAAGGUCGAACCGCUGACGGAGUGCCGCGGCGAUUAG